UCUCUCUCUCUCUCUCUCUCUCUCUCUCUGUCUCUCUCUCUCUCUGUCUCUCUCUCUCUCUCAUAGUAUCUCAUAGUAUAUCAAUGUCAUACUGUACAUUUACACUCCUACACGCAUGGCAGCUGGGAAGAGAACCAUCCAGGGUGUAUGUGUGUGUGUAAGAGAGAGAGAGAGAGAGAGAGUGAGUGGGUGAGUGGGUGAGUGAGUGAGUGUGAGCAUACUGGAGAAAUCUGACACCAAGAACAUGUGCCUCAACUUUUCAAAUCUAGAAUGCUGACCAACUGUGUGUUGGUAUUUGUGUGUGUUUGAGGUGUUCAGUUAUACGGUUUCUUUCCUCUGGUUCCUCGACACUGCUGGAUAUUUUUUGUGAAGCUCGUUGAACACUCACACAGUGAUGGCGGGUAAAUCCCCUCCUGACCCCACAUUCAAUCCCAAAGAAGAAAAACUGAUGAUGGAGUUCUUAACACAGCAAAUAAACUUACUCCAGGAGAAAGCAAUUCUGCAGUCGUCGGUGCGUGAUGAAAAACUGCUGGUGGAAAACUCCAAGCUGAAGAAAGAUAUCAAUGAGCUGAAGCAACUGCAGGAGACACAGAAGAGGAAAACCAUAAAGCUCCAUCAGGAGAGGGUCCUGACUGCAUCAGUAGCUGCGAUGAAAGCUGCUAUCUUGGAGGUUCCUGCUCCACCUGGACCAACACCUGCAUCUAAACCUCAAAGAAGCAACACACACAGUGAGGGAAGACGGAGAAGAGAUUGCCGAGAAAUGGGUGGAGCCUCUAAACAAACUCCUGAAGCAGUGUGUGGUUUGGAGCGUGACUCGAGGCCUGACAUUUCCCGUGUGGACCUGCGGAUCGGCCGUGUUCUUACAGUUCGCAAACAUCCUGAUUCAGAGUCACUCUACGUACAGGAAGUGGAUGUGGGAGACUCUGUCCCCAGAACGGUGGUCAGCGAACUGGCCAAUCAUGUGCCUCCAGAGCAGCUGCAGGACACUCUGGUAGUUCUUCUCUGUAAUGUUCGGCCAGUGAAGGUGCGCGGUGUUCAGUCUCAGGCUCGAGUGCUCUGUGCUGUCAAUCAACAACGGCUGGAGCCUUUAGCUCCGCCCACUACAUCUCAACCUGGAGACAGAGUGACUUUCCAAACCUAUCCAGGUGAGGCAGAGAGAGAGCUGAACCCAAAACGGCAUGUUUGGGAGCGUUUACUUCCCGACCUGCGCACUGAUGAAAGGGGCGUGGCUACUUAUAAAGGUGUGGCCUUUGAUGUCAGGGGGAAGGGCCUCUGCAGAGCACCUACCAUUAGCAACGGCGGCAUCAAGUGAACGUCAUCACCAUGGUUACCAGAUAUACAAUUCUAGAAGGACAUUAAUAAUAAAAGAGUGUGAUUACUAGUGACGUUACUGCUUUCUACAUUUCUACAAAUUAUAUAAAGAAAAGAUGCUGUUGCCAUGGUUACCAUUAAAAACAGAUAUACAUCACA